AUGCUGAGCCUCUAUCCUCCGUCUGCAUUCGAUGCGUACAAAAAGGAAAAGACGCGGUUCCCGGCCUCUGUCGACGCCGUCGUGGAGCAGAUCCACGCCGCGUGUGACGGUGUCGGUACGGACGACAAGAAACUCGUGGAACUCAUUGGCGCUCUCUCGCCCAAUGACCGCGGACUCGUCUCGCUCCGUUACAAGGAGGUGCACGGCCAGUCGCUCCGUGAGUUGGUCAAGAGCGAGACCUCGGGCGCUUUCGGCUACUUGCUGCAGCUCAUUUGCUUCAGCCUGCCCCAGGCCGAAGCUUACAUUCUGUAUCACGCGAUCAAAGGCGUCGGCACGUCGGAUCAUUUGCUCUACUCGGUGCUCAUGGGCCGUACGAACGAAGAGAUUGAUCUGCUGAAGAAAGCCUACUUUGAAAUGUACGACACGGACCUCUCGGUUGCUGUCAGCGACGAGAUCAGUGGCGACUUUUUGGCCGUGAUCAUGAAGGCGCUGCAGGAGCCGCUGGUCGACUACAAGCCUCAGUUCCACACGAAGGAGAAAGCGGCCGAGGACGCCGAGCUCAUUUACAAUGCGGGAGAAGGGAAGUGGGGGACGGACGAGAACGGGUUCAUCAAAGUGCUCUUGUCCAGUCCGCCCGAGCACGUGCGCAACAUGGAUGCGGCGUACCGUGCUAAGUACGAGCACGACUUGAUUCACGCGAUCGAGAAGGAGUUUAGCGGCAUUCGCCUAAACCUCAACGCGUGGCCGUUCCUCGCCGAGCACAUUGAAGGCACGAUGGCCGGCGUUGGCACGGACGAGACGGCUCUGUCGGCUGCCAUUGUGCGCUACCACCCGUACUUGAGCAACAUCGAGGCUGCUUACGAGAAGAAGUACGAGACGUCGUUGCGCGACCGCAUUGAAGCGGAAGUGGGCGGAGAGUACCAGGGUCUGCUACUGCAGCUCCUUGACCCGUCCCGCUCCCUUGGCAGCCUCGCGUAG